AUGUCAAAGGUUGCCUUGGUGACUCUGGCUACGCUCCAGGGCGCCAAUGCUUGGGGAGUCUUGGGCCACGCAACCGUCGCCUACGUUGCACAGCACUAUCUGAACGCUGCCACGGCAUCAUGGGCUCAGGGAGUUCUCAAUGACACCUCCAGCUCUUACUUGGCCAGCAUCGCCUCUUGGGCUGAUACCUACCGCACCACUGCGGCUGGCAAGUUCUCGGCUCCCUUCCACUUCAUCGACGCUGAGGACAACCCCCCAUCCUCAUGCAACGUCGACUAUGACCGAGACUGCGGCAGUGGUGGCUGCUCCAUCUCGGCCAUGGCCAACUACACCCAGCGAGUUGGAGACGGCCGCCUCUCCACGGCCAACACCGCCGAGGCUCUCAAGUUCCUCGUCCACUUUGUAGGCGACAUUACCCAGCCCCUGCACGACGAGGCCUACGAAGUCGGUGGCAACGACAUCAGCGUCACGUUCCAGGGCUACAGCGACAACCUGCACUCUGACUGGGACACUUACAUCCCCGAGGCCCUCAUUGGCGGCGACUCUCUUACCGAUGCUCAGACCUGGGCCAACACGCUCAUCAGCGAAAUCACCUCUGGAACAUACAAGUCCCAGGCCGCAAGCUGGAUCAAGGGCGACACCAUCAGCGAUGUCAUCACCACCGCCACUCGCUGGGCCACCGAUGCCAACGCCCUCGUCUGCACUGUCGUCAUGCCCAACGGCGCUGCUGCCCUGCAAAAGGGCGACCUGUACCCUACUUACUACAACUCCGUUAUCGACACCGUCGAGCUGCAGAUUGCAAAGGGCGGUUACCGUCUGGCCAACUGGCUCAACAUGGUCUACACCUCCAACAUUGCCAAGCGUGAGGAGGGCUCUGUUGAGGCUCGUGAUACCUCUCCUCUGCCUGAUCUCAUGGGCCGAGACCUGCUGCCCGCAGCUCGUCCUGCUACUCGUGCUCAGCUUGCCAGAGCCGCUAUGGGUGGCUCAUGCUGCGGAACCGCCCAUGAUCAUGAGCACAAGCACUAA